AAGUGGGUUAAGUUCGUAAAUCCGCGGUCAUGAUGGCGUGCGACUCUGCAUAAAUGCCCUGCAAAAGUUUUUCUUUUUUAACAACAUACGCGCCGCUCAAAAUAACCAAGACGUUGGAACAUGUGUAAAUAAACGUCCAUUCCAAAGUUAUUUGCAGUGAUUUCGUUUGUGUGCACCAAAAAGAAGCGGCUGAAAAUUGGCAAAGAAUUGUACCGCCGCUGCCCGUUGUGAAGAAAAAUCAGCGCCUGCCGAUUUCCGUCCUGUCCGGCUUCAGUGGGUGAGGAUGACGGACAUUGUUUAUCCGAACGGCUGUCGGCCAUUGGUGGAAGACCUGGGCACAGACGAGCUCAUACGCCGCCUUAAGACACUCGCCAAUGUCCUGCAGACCAUGGACCAGGAUGACAAUCUCUAUCAACAAUAUAUACCAUUGGCACUCCACCUGCUGGACGACUUCUUUAUGCAGCAUACAUCCCGCGAUGUCCAACUGCUGAUAGCGUGCUGCAUAGCGGAUGUAUUGCGCGUAUAUGCGCCUGAGGCCCCCUACAAAGAGCAAGAUCAAAUCAAAUGCAUUUUCAAGUUUUUUAUCAAACAAUUGCACGGUCUAAAGGAUCCCCGCGAUCCGUCCUUCAAGCGUUACUUUUAUCUAUUGGAGAACUUAGCCCUUGUCAAGUCUUUCAACAUGUGCUUCGAGCUCGAGGACUGCCAGGAAAUCUUCCACGACCUGUUUAGUACCAUUUUUAAAAUUGUGAACGAUCAGCACAGUGCCAAGAUCACAAACUUUUUCCUGGACGUGCUGAGUGCCCUGAUAACCGAGGCUGACAAUUUGUCCGUGGAUCUUCUGGACCUCUUACUGAUUAACAUAGUGGAACCAAAUAAAUCAAGCAACAGAUGUGCUGCACAUAUAACCGAGCAACUGCUCGCCAAGACCGGUGACGCAUUGGAGUCCCCAAUCAAAAUGUUCUUUAACCGUGCAUUGGUCAUGGAUAAGCCGAACAACAAACUGUCUAUUACAAACAAAAUCUAUGAUAUCAUCUAUGAGCUUAAUCGCAUCAAUCCCGAUCUUCUGUACUCCGUGCUGCCCCAAUUGGAGAACAAACUACUGUCCACUGAUGAUGCAGAAAGGCUGAAAGCCAAGCAGAGAGUGGACUGGAUCAAGAACAAGAUACUGCACGGCUACUACAAGGUGGGUCUGGAGGAUCGCCUGCUAGUAGAGCGUUUGCUUAUCACCUCAUUGGUUCCCUACAAACUGGCGCCCGAGGAGCGCAUGAAGAAACUGUACCAUCUGCUGGGCGAUCUUGAUGCGAAUGCAACCAAGGCCUUUGUUGAACUGCAAAAGAAUCAAAUGAAGACACGCAACACGGUUAGCGAUUGGAUCAAGCUGCAUCACUCCAAGGAGUUUACUCCCCGGGUGCUCGGUCAACUGGCUGUUAAACAGACCACCAUUGCCAAAUCAGCGCCUGCCGAUUUCCGUCCUGUCCGGCUUCAGUGGGUGAGGAUGACGGACAUUGUUUAUCCGAACGGCUGUCGGCCAUUGGUGGAAGACCUGGGCACAGACGAGCUCAUACGCCGCCUUAAGACACUCGCCAAUGUCCUGCAGACCAUGGACCAGGAUGACAAUCUCUAUCAACAAUAUAUACCAUUGGCACUCCACUUGCUGGACGACUUCUUUAUGCAGCAUACAUCCCGCGAUGUCCAACUGCUGAUAGCGUGCUGCAUAGCGGAUGUAUUGCGCGUAUAUGCGCCUGAGGCCCCCUACAAAGAGCAAGAUCAAAUCAAAAGCAUUUUCAAGUUUUUUAUCAAACAAUUGCACGGUCUAAAGGAUCCCCGCGAUCCGUCCUUCAAGCGUUACUUUUAUCUAUUGGAGAACUUAGCCUUUGUCAAGUCUUUCAACAUGUGCUUCGAGCUCGAGGACUGCCAGGAAAUCUUCCACGACCUGUUUAGUACCAUUUUUAAAAUUGUGAACGAUCAGCACAGUGCCAAGAUCACAAACUUUUUCCUGGACGUGCUAAGUGCCCUGAUAACCGAGGCUGACAAUUUGUCCGUGGAUCUUCUGGACCUCUUACUGAUUAACAUAGUGGAACCAAAUAAAUCAAGCAACAGAUGUGCUGCACAUAUAACCGAGCAACUGCUCGCCAAGACCGGUGACGCAUUGGAGUCCCCAAUCAAAAUGUUCUUUAACCGUGCAUUGGUCAUGGAUAAGCCGAACAACAAACUGUCUAUUCCAAACAAAAUAUAUGAUAUCAUCUAUGAGCUUAAUCGCUUAAUCGCAUCCCGAUCUUCUGUACUCCGUGCUGCCCCAAUUGGAGAACAAACUACUGUCCACUGAUGAUGCAGAAAGGCUGAAAGCCAAGCAGAGAGUGGACUGGAUCAAGAACAAGAUACUGCACGGCUACUACAAGGUGGGUCUGGAGGAUCGCCUGCUAGUAGAGCGUUUGC